AUUUUUAAAUUUUGUAUAUAAUAUUUUAUUUUUGGAAGUAAACGCUUUUGAUCUUUUCAAAGUCAUACUUCUCUAGGCAUUCUUAAUCAACAUGUGUCUUAUUAAAUUAAUUUUAUCAUUUGAACUAAAUUUUUAAAAAUCUCAAACUCAAGAUAUGAAGAUAUGAAGAUAUGAUACAACUCCAUGAUUUGCUAAGCCGAAUAUAAAAUGAAUACAGGUCCCUCAACAAUAGAACAAAUGAAGAUUCCUCCUCAUAGUCCCUCUUCACGUGAUGCUGCACCUACCCUUUCUCCUCAUCAACAAACAAGUAUUUUUGCAGCCAAAUUCGCACAGCCUUGCCAGAGCUGCAGCUUUUACAUGUCUCCCCCUUCCUCUGUAGAUAUGUCCUUGUGUGCCCAUAAUUAGCUCCUUUUCUCUUCAUCUACACCACUCAGAGGGCUGAAGUUAUUCAGUUAGGCGAAGGGCUGAGCAAGCAUGGAAGUUGAAGGCGUUGCCCCUAAUAUGAUGGCUGGUGAAGGUGUCCCAAGCAUAAUCCCGAAUAAAAGCGGGGAUGAUUUUCCCCAGAUAACCCCGGCUAUAACCCCCAAUAAGAGCGGUGAUGUUUUUCCCCUGAUAACCCCAGCUAUAAUCCCAACUGUAGUGCCAACUACAAUAGUUCGUGAAGUUCUUACUGAAGGCAACUAUGAAUACUGGAAAACUUGUGUAAAACGGUAUUUGGUGGGUCAAGGUCUCUGGGAAGUUUGCAGGAUGAGCUGCAAGAGUCCUAAUAAAGCACAAGAUCCAGUGGCAUAUUCAGAGUGGAAAAAGAAGAAUUCCGUGGCUUUACAUGCCAUUCAAAUUUCUUGCAGUCGAGAGAUGCUUUCUCAGAUCAGGGGAAUCAAGCUUGCGAAGCACGCGUGGGACUUUUUGAAGCGAAACGCCAACCCAACCCUCUAUUUCGACGAAGAAGUCGAUCGCUUGGAUGAACAGCCACCUCCUGCCGCAGCCUCAACUGGUAAAGUGCCUCUCCUCUUCCUCAAGUAAAAAAUAAUAAUACCUCUAUGUAUGAUUAUCACAGACUAUUAUAAACAUGAAUGGGAUACUUAUGG